UGUUGAUCGCCUCAACUACGAAAAGGCUCUCGUUCCUGUCAUUCAGAAUAUUGAUGGGUUUGUUCAUGGUCCGUGUCCUCGGCUUCAGUGGGUCGAUAAACCUUCGCAUUCCAAAGCUUGUCCUAUUCUUGGCUUUCUUGUCCUUCACCAAUGCGACGGCGCACCAUGGAAGUAUGCACAAUGAAUGGAGCGAUGAUGGAUUUCUAUCAAGUUCGCAUAGGAUACUAUCCACGUAUGAUAAGUGUAUCUUGAUGCUGUGCGGUGCGGUACUUCUCAUAUGUACCGUUGCAUUGUUAGUUCAGGCAUGCCGUAUCUUGGCCGACAUCGCUCGAAAAGAACGUCUUUGGCGACAAGAGGAUUAUCUAGCGGAAGAGGAGCUACUCAUGUCGGCCCUCGAGGCGGGUUAUGCAAAAGGCGGCACCCUUCCCCGAUAUGCGACUCGUUUUGGUGCCCUUUCGGAACAGGAAACCGAUGUGAGUGGCGUACGGAAGGUUGUCCUGGUGGUCAAUGACACCUAUGCGACGAAUGUCGCCCAAGAUGCCUACGCGGACUGGUUUGUGAGGUGGUGUCAUCUUCAGGAGGAAGCCUCGAACUAUGCCGCUGAGGGGCCCUCCGAUGAAAUGACUCCUUUAAUUGACGUGGGAUCUCCAGCGGCACCGCGGUAUUUAGAUGGGAUUGGGACACCUUCUUCACAGGGGCCUUCGGAUGGAGUGACUCCGCUCAUCGACGUUGGUUCUCCGGAUGCCCAACAAAAUUGGGCUGACCCUGCAACCUCUCCUCGGCCGCUUUUGGCUGAAUGAUUUGCAGCUGCCAUCGGACAGAAUAUUCUGUGCUGAUUCAGCAGUUUAUCUUUAUCCCCCAUCGCUUUCGCGUGACCCAAAGUCGAAGGUGAUCCGACUCCUCCAGAAAUCAUGACUAGGCUGUGACUGAGGCAAUCCCACCUGACGUGCCAACAUGCCGCCAUGCCUAGGAUCUUAACUCAAGAUUCCUUGCCUAAGGGGCAUCGGGAGUCUCCUACAGAUGCUCUCGAAAUUUUUACUUGACCUAAAUCCCUAUCGCGGUCAUGAUCCUGGGGUCAUAAAGUCAUCAUUGUCUUGAGAAAGGGAAAUAAAGUCCCCUUCUGUUGGCUAGUCGACUAUAACAGCAUUCGAGACGAUGACCCUCAUGCUAAUCGGGAACGGAUCUUGGCCAGGGUGGAGGACAUCGCAAGUGCAUGAUACGAUCUAUUCAAAAAGGUAUAUACGUGCUUAACGGACAACAGAUACGCAUGCUAGUUCCUCGUAAUCAAUCACUGUCAUCACUUGAUAGUUACCUUGCAUUCGUUACGGGCUCAUCCCGGUGGUAUUAUCCGCAUUUGUGAGUGUAUAUCAUUAGCAAAACCCAAUCUCUG